UUGACCUGUUUAAAAAUGACAUCACUAGGUUCCCGGAUGUUAUGGGAGAGUCCCCAUAGCGUCGAUACCGGAGAUGAAAGAAACAACUUUCACGUCAUCAGUCAUGGGACAUUCGGUCAAGACGACUCACUUACGCAUGCGCACGAUCCAACUGACUCCCACCGGAACGUUAUGAAAGUGAAGUACGCCGACGGAUCCUACUCGGGGACGGACCACAGAGGGGUACAGUUCUAUUCACAACCGACAGGGGUGAAAGGUCAUUCUGAACUAACACUCAGCUAUGACGUAUAUUUCGCUCACAAUUUUGAUUGGGUACGCGGUGGAAAGUUACCUGGAUUGUGGGGUGGGACGCAGACUUGUUCUGGCCACCGGAGUGCCGAGCAUUGCUUUUCCACCCGUUUCAUGUGGCGCGGUGGUGGUGACGGGGAAGUGUACGCCUACAUCCCGCACGAGCAGUACCCUAAUUACAGCUCGUGGUGUAAAAAUAGCCACAUAAUCUGUAACGAUCACUCCGGACAAUCCAUUGGAAGGGGCGACUUUGUUUUUGGAAAAGAAAAAUGGCAAAAACUAACACAGUACGUAAAAUUGAACAACGUUGGUAGCCAUGACGGAGUACUUAAAGUCUGGCUCGAUCACAAGCUUGUCUACCACUCGUCUUCGCUGGUGUUCCGCAAGCACAGUAGCAUCCACAUCGACGGACUGUUCUUUUCUACGUUCUUUGGAGGCGGUGACGACGACUGGGCAUCCACGGCCGAUACCUACACCCUGUUCCGAGAUUUCCGCUUAUAUGACACACACAUGGACCCAGCCGGUAUCGCCUUUGGUUAAAAGGCUGCUUGCCUAAAUUUGAGUGAAGUUAUCAUUUCUAUUCGUGUUGUGGAAUAUGGAUUAAUAAAUUCUCCUUU